UUUCCCUUGGCUAUAUGUCAGAUUGUCAAUUUUCUCGUAAAUUAGGCACCGCAGAAACCAAGGGCGCUUUUGCAUGUCCAAGUUGUGACAGGGCAAUAAUUACAAUAAUGCAUUAAAAGCAGAGAUUUGGAUGCCAGCUAAUUUAUUCCUGUGAAAAAUAUGUAACAAUUUCAAUAGAAUGUUAUUGUGGACGACACUUUAAUUGAUUUGAAAUGUGGUAAAACUCGAGAUAUCAUGAAGGAGGCCUGUACUUCGCAAUAUCUCUCAGAGUUUCGUGUUCGAUAAUUUGAUUUUUGCGAUGUGUUGAUAUGACUUUAAGAAAUUGAUUCAAGAAAUUUCAAAAUGGCAUUAGACGAUCGUUUUUCGAUGACAACUGAAAGGUAUUUAGGGAAGCAUCAUGUCUUGGUGUAUAUGGAGGACGCUGUUGCUCAGUUGUUAGAACACAGAGAGGAGAACUCCAAAAUUAACCCCAUCAAGUUUCUCUGUGAAUAUUUCAAUAGUGUGAGAGAUGGGAACCACACAAUGUUCCGAGAAUUUAGCUACAUCCAUGCUACACCACACAAUAGAGCUUCAUUUGUACGACUCUUCUGGAAGUGUUACAGACAAAUUGGAAAGAAGGGAGAUUUACUGAGUAUUCAGGAGUAUCACUCUUUGCUGUCUCUCCUGUGUUCAGACUUCCCAUUUGAACCGGUCCAGAAAACUGCAAAGAUAAUUCUUCUAGAUGAUGCCCUAGAUUGCUUGAUAUCUUUUUCUGACUUCAUUUAUGCAUUCCAAGUGCAGUUUUAUUUUGAAGAGUUUAUUGAAAAAAGUCAUGAGGUGUACCUCUCACUGCACCAGACCCAGAGGAGUCCGAGAGACCCCGUGGUGGUCCCCUCAGGUAGUGAUGACACAAAAGUCCACCAGAACAGUCACCACCCAGGGGAUGGUGUGGACGCCACGCAGUAUUUCCGUGCAAUUUACCCUCUCUGUGAUAGGUCUAACUUUAGGACACCACCUGUGAAUGUACUAAAAGAAAUCUUAUUCAAUGUCCCCCGGGUGUCAUUUUAUGGCUUUCUGAUGUCAAUUGCUAAAAGUGAGAAGAUCAAUGAACACAUAGGUCGAUUACCGUCUAAGGCCGAAUUACUGGAGGGAGCUGAUGCGGACCUGACUGUACAAGAGGCAGCCAUUCAAAAUCACGCCAGCCCCACAGUAAGACUGAGCAACAGUAGUACCACAUCAGUCACCAAAUCCAAAGCACGGCCGAUUUCUGCCACAACCCCUCAAGACGCCCCCCAGAAUGUUUACUCCACCCAGAGACCCCCUUCAGCCAGUCAAAGAAAAACCCCACCGUCCCGCUCAGGGGCUGUCAACAACAGUAUGAAGGUUAAGCGUGGCACAACAAAAAAAGACAGCACAGAUGAAAGCAGUUCUGAUGAUAGUGAUGACUCAACAGAUACGAACUAAAUAUAGAACAUGAGAGGCACCAAAGGGGGACUUUCUGUUACUGUGUUACUGAUUCAAUCUCUACAUUUGAAUUACAUGUAUGUUUAAAAUUUAUUCAAAUCUGUAUUUGUCGUUACCAAUUGUGCAUGUGCAAUUUGUUACUUAAAAAUAUACUAAUACAUGUAUAUCUUACAUGAGGAAAACUGCAUGUAGCAUAUUUCCAUAUACAUGUAUAUAUCAAGUUAAUUAUACAAAGUAAUACUACAUGUUAACUCACAAGAAUAAGAUUAUCAUCUAAUCAGUUUUUAAAAUUUCACAAAGAACUAUAUGUUAAGGGCUCUAAUUAGCCCAUUAAGUUGAAUGUCAGAAAGAAGUAUGCUUUGUGCAAGAAUCUCAAUUUAACACAACUCAGUUGUAUACCCAAUUUGAUCAGUGACCUAAAUUCAGAAUUAUGUCAUAAAAAAAGAUUAUGUAAAUUCACAGUUGAAAUUUAAAGUAGUUUUGCAUCUCUUGCCUUUGUAACAAAUUUAUGCAGUUUUAAAGUACUCAGACUUGGACCAAAUUGACUUUUCAUAAGGCUACUUCUUUGUUUGCAUGUAAUACUGUAUUCAUCAAUGAUUUAAUUUUGAGUUUUUCCAGCUGUAAUACUUAAUAUACAUUAAUGUAGCAAUUUGAGUACAUUGUCGUUUGAUGUUUUCAUUGACGAUUCAUGAAAAUAUUUUUAUCCCAUUUAAAACACACCUUGCAUUUUAUUUUCAGGAUUGUUUACUGUCCAUUUUUUGUCUGUUUGUUGUUUUGCACACAGCAGUUUUUAACAAGUGAUAUUUUUGAAAAUACAUGUAGUUUUUGCCAA